AUGAAGGUGUUUCAAACAAUAAAAAAAAUUUAUAAAAAGCUUAAAGGAAUUUCAGAUAUUAACAAAAAUAAUUCAGAUUUCCAAUAUCUGUUUUUUGAAUAUUAUCAAGUCUUUAGUAAAUCGAAUUUUUUAAAUCAAUAUGACUGUUGUUGUAUAGGAUAUAUUAUGAAACCAAAAAAGAAGAUUCAAUUGAAACAUAUUAAAAAAGUUGUUCAAGAUGAUCUUAAAGAAGGUAUUAAUAUAACUAGUAAUGUUGGAUAUAUUGCUAUAAAUGCAGAAAUAACCAAAUUUGCAUUUAA